AUGUUGGAUCAGAUCGUGAACCUGGUCAUCCGUCCUCCUCGUGCGGAGUAUUCAGUACAGGCAGACCUGGUGGGGCCGCUAUUUGCGCUCAGAGGAAGGCAAUACCGCCGCCAUGACCUUCAGCUUGUAAAUAGCAGAGGCCACGUGCUAGAAUGCAGUCACUACAUGCCGGCCCAUGUCCCGCCCAAUCAGAAGCUGCCAUGUGUCAUCUACUGCCAUGGGAACAGUGGCUGCCGUGCCGACGCCAGUGAAGCGGUGUUUGUGCUGCUCCCAUCCAACAUCACAGUCUUUGCUCUCGACUUCUCGGGAUCAGGAAUGUCCCAAGGGGACUAUGUCACCCUCGGGAGAUUCGAGAUGGAGGAUCUCUCAACAGUGGUGGACCAUCUACGAGCCGAGGGCUCUGUGUCGCUCAUAGGGCUGUGGGGGCGGUCGAUGGGGGCUGUUACCUCCCUUAUGUACGCAGCAAAGGAUCUGUCUAUAGCGGGGAUGGUCCUGGACAGCCCGUUUUCCAACCUGCCCAACCUCAUUCUGGAGCUCGUGGACACCUUCAAAAUCAAGCUGCCCAAAUUCACGGUGAAGAUGCUGGUGUAUUACCUGCGGAAUCUGAUCAAGAAGAAGGUACCGGACUUCGAUAUCAACGACCUGGAUGCCGUGGGGGUGGCGAAGAGCAGUUUCAUCCCGGUGCUGUUUGGGCAUGCUUCGGGAGACACUUUCAUUCUGCCGCACCACUCGCAGCAAAUACACGAGGCGUACGCGGGUGACAAGAAUCUGAUCACCUUCGCGGGGGACCACAACUCCCACCGCCCCAACUUCUUCUACGACUCGGCUGCCAUAUUCCUGCACAACGUGCUGCAGCCGCCCCCCAUACAGGAACCCCCCGCCACCUCCCUUUAUUGUCACAUCCCUGGGGAGUCUGAUGCGCAACAACCAGUGCCGCGUGCUGGUGCUUCUGGUUGUGGUUCUGCUGCUGCUGGUGGUGCUGCUAUUGGUGGUGCUGCUGCUGCUGGUGCUGGCCGGAGCACAAGGGCAGAUGCCCCUCCAAGUGCUGCCGAGUUGAACCCUCCACACACCACCUACCAGCGCCCUCCCCCAGUUGCUGAGCCUGCUGAGGAGCUACUGAGCAGUGAGGAGUUGGCGCGCUUCAUGGCACAGUUUGCUGCCUCCAUGCCACCUGGAGAAGAGCUUGCUCCCGGAUUGGAAGCCAACUAUGAUGAGGAUGAGGUGAGCAGAUGA